AAACCUAGACAAAAAAGAAAAAAGCCCGCCGGCUCUCCGAUCAAAUCAGAUCAAACGUCGAAAAGCCCAACGAAUCUUCUCUCACACUGGUACUAAGUUCACAAAUUGACUUCGUAUUACAGCUACUUCCCGCGUACUGUUCCGAUUCUUGAGGGGUGGCGGAGGUGGAUGGUAUAUGGCGGAGCUGCUGCGGAAAUGGAAAGAGAACAAACUGUUCAAAGUGGUUUUUGCGGUGACUGGAAUCAUGUCCACUCUCGUUGUCUAUGGGGUCUUACAGGAAAAGAUUAUGAGAGUUCCGUAUGGACCGCGCAAAGAGUACUUUAAAUACUCACUAUUUCUUGUCUUCUGUAACCGCAUUACAACUUCUGCUGUAUCUGCAGGAGUUUUACUGGCGAGUGGGAAGGCCCUAGAUGCUGUUGCUCCACUUUACAAGUAUGGUAUCAUAUCAGUGUCUAAUAUACUUACGACAACAUGUCAGUAUGAGGCACUGAAAUAUGUCAGUUUCCCUGUGCAGACACUGGCAAAGUGUGCCAAAAUGAUACCUGUAAUGAUCUGGGGCACUGUCAUCAUGCAAAAGAAAUACAAUGGGCGUGAUUAUCUACUUGCCUUUUUGGUGACUCUUGGAUGUUCAUUGUUCAUUUUAUACCCGGCUGCAGGUGAUAUUAGUCCUCAUAGCAGAGGAAGGGAAAGUACAGUUUGGGGCGUUUCCUUGAUGCUCGGUUAUCUUGGGUUUGACGGCUUCACAAGUACAUUCCAGGAUAAACUUUUCAGAGGUUACGAUAUGGAGAUACAGAAUCAGAUAUUCUAUACAACAUUAUGUUCAUGUAUACUCAGUUUCACUGGUCUAAUCUUACAAGGCAAUCUUCUAACAGCAAUAGAUUUUGUUUCGCGGCACAAUGAUUGUUUCGUUGACAUUUCAAUCCUCUCAACUGUUGCAACAAUUAGCCAGUUCUUUAUUUCUUACACUAUCCGAAAUUUCGGCGCACUAACCUUCGCCACCAUAAUGACCACGAGACAGUUGGUGAGCAUUCUUCUAUCGUGUGUGUGGUUUGGCCACCCACUUAGUGUGCAACAAUGUGUUGGAUCGGUUAUCGUCUUUGGGUCCCUUUAUGCAAAAAGCUUCUUAAGGAGUAAGCCAAGGCAAUUACCCUCAGAACAUGCUGAAAAUAGAGCUUCGAGUCCAUUGAGGGCAAAUGCAUAAUACAUUAAAAGUGCCAGUUGGGACUUAUGUUGAUUAAUUCAACUGUUUGUUGAAAGAUGGAUCUUUUGAGACAAUUCGACCAAAAAACAUCUUGGAUUUAUGCUAACAGAGGUUCAAAUGCUUUCAGAAUUUCUCUGAAGUGACCUACUCCUGAUAAUAGAAUGAAUUAGCACACAUAACAGAAUUUUUGGCAUGCUCUUUUUGUAGCUGAAAUAUUUAUCAGUUCUCCAGAUAGAUAUGUUGGUCUAGCAGAAACCCUUCUCUAUUCUUGUUCACAAAAGGUGGAUUAUGUUGUACUGAGAUCACAAGAGUCUCUCCCGUAUUAUUUAAUUCUUGUUUUGAACUUAUUGCAAAUUUUCCCAAAAGAUUGCAAUGAAAAAGCUUAUUUUUCUGCACCAA